AAAUCUGAAGAUAAACUUGCUGAGAAGCCUGGUGAAGAAGCUAAUAAGACGCUAGAGAAACCCAAAAAGGAAAAGAGAAAGAAGAGUGCUGAGGAAGUGAAAAAAGUCGAGGAAGAAAAGCCUGCAAUUGUUGAAGCUGUUGAAAAGAAACCUGAGACCGUUGAAAAAUCUGAAGAAAAACUUGCUGAAAAGCCUGUUGAAGAAGCUGAUAAGACUCUAGAGGAGCACAAAAAGGAAAAGAGAAAGAAGAGUGCUGAGGAAGUGAAAAAGGUCGAGGAAGAGAAGCCUGCAAAUCUCGAAGCUGUUGAAAAGAAACCUCAGACCGUUGAAAAACCUGAAGAACCACUUUCUGAUGAAUCUAGUAAGACUCUGGAGAAACCCAAAGAGGAAAAGAAAGAGAAGAGUGCUGAGGAAGUGAAAAAAAUCGUGGAAGAAAAGCCUGCAAUUGUUGAAGCUGUUGAAAAGAAACCUGAGAACGUUAAAAAAUCUGAAGAAAAACUUCAUGGAGAAGCUGAUAAGACUCUAGAGGAACUCAAGGAAAAGAGAAAGAAGAGUGCCGAAGAAGUUAAGAAAGAGGAAGAAAAACGGCCUGAAGCGCAAGAGAUUGUAGAAAAGAAAGCUGAAGCUAUUGAAACGCUCGAUAAGAAAUCUGCUGAGAAGCCUAUUAAAGAAGCCGAGAAGACUGUUGAGAAUCGGAAAGAAGACAAAGGAAUGAAAAAUGAGGAGGAAGAAAAGAAAAGAGAGCCUAUUAAAAAACCAGCUGAAAAGCCUGUCGAAGAAGUUGAGAAGCUAGAAGAGAAACCGAAGAAGGAAAAGAGAAAGAAGAGUGUCGAAGAAGAAAAGGCAGCUGAUAAGAAAAAACCUGAAGCUGUAGAAAAUAAGCCUGAGGCUGCUGCAAACCUUGAUAAGAAACCUGAAGCUGAGAAGGUGGAAGAAAAGCCAAAGAAGAGAAAGAAGAGUGCAGAAAAAGACAAGGAGGUGAUAGAAAAGCAAGUAGAGCCUACACCAAAGGUGACUGAGGAAAUUAAAACGGAAGCAGAUACAACCAAGAAAGAAAAGAGAAAGAAGAGCAUUGCAGAAGACAAACAACCCAUCGAUAUUACAAAAGAGGCUACUACGAAAAAGACUGAAGACGUGGUGAUCACACAAAAGGACGUCACAGAAGUUGUUGAGCCAAAGUCAGCGCAACAAAUUAUCACAAAACCUGCCGAAGCAGCUUUAGAUGAGGUUGAUGCUGUGCCAUUGGAGAAAUCAAGGUCACGCGCAGAGAAGCCAAGCGAAGUAGAGUACAAAGAUAAACGGGAAGCACGAAAUGCCCGACGUGCGCCAAACGUUGAGUUGAAAUUGACAAACCGGAACUCAGCGUUGGGCAGCGAUAUAAAACUCACCUGCAGUAUAUCUGGCGCAGAACUGAAGGUUGAUUGGUAUCGCGAUCAGACAUUGAUUGCGAAUGACGAUAAAUAUCGAAAGACCUUCAACGAUGGACUCUCCUGCUUGGAAAUACGGACAGCCAAUGCAGGCGAUGCGGGUGUUUACAGAUGCGUGGCGGCCAAUCGCAAUGGAGAAGUGGAGACGAGUUGCCUUGUGACUGUUUACGAUGUACCAACAACUAAAUUUGGCACAACGCCAAUAUUUACGCGUAACAUCAGAGUAUAUGAACCACCAGCUGUCCUUGUGGCCUGGUAUCUGGAUUUCACUGUACCUACUAAGGAAGUUAAGCUUCUCAAUUCACACAACGACUGA